ACCAAAUUGAAGUCGGAUGAUGUGCAUUUCCCUCCGGUAACUUGCAGUUACAACGUCGGAACACCGUGUUCAGCAUUGGUGGUGAGUGACCCACACACCAUGCAUCCUCCAGCCCCUGCUUACAGCCCCACAUACAGCUGAGCCUCCCUUUCGCCUGAGCUCCAGGAUCCUCCAGGAUCCUCCAUUAACACCAUGGAUCCUGGCCAGCAGAGCAACACUCUGCUCCAGCCAAGUGAAGAAUACUUCGCAUGGGACUAUCGCCUCCAGUUUAUAGGCCUGGGCUUUGCCUUCUAUGUUGCAAUAUUCCUUCUUUCCCACCUCCUGUCUUCGGCUGUGUCCUGCACCUACAACUCCCUGCUAGCUAAGGAGCAGGUUUUCUGGAACCUCGCUGCGACUCGGGCAGUAUUUGGCAUCCAGAGUACUAUAGCGGGACUCCGGGCUCUGACCCAGGACUCAAUGUUGUUCAGAGACAGGGUGAGGGGACAAGAAGACUGGUCGUGGUUCAAUGUCCUCACAGCUACAGGUUUCUUUGUUUUUGAGAACGUAGCUCUUCACACCUCCAGUGUGGUAUUUCGGUCAUUUGACCUCCCACUGGCGACGCACCAUUUCUUUGCCCUGUCAGGAUAUGCAGGGGCGGUGGUGUAUGAUUCCCUGGGACACUUUCUUCCAAUGGUCACGCUGCUGCUGGAGAUGAGCACACCUUUCACAUGUGUGUCUUGGAUGUUACUGAAGGCUGGUUGGGCCCACACCCUGUUUUGGAAAGCCAACCAAUGGGUGAUGAUCCACACGUUCCACUGUCGCAUGGUGCUCACCUACUACAUGUGGUGGGUAGCAGUGACCCACUGGAGAGAUCUCACCAAUCAUGUGGCCUUACCACAACUUCUAGUCUUCUUCACUGGCCUCGCCCUGCUCACGUUUAUCAUCAACCCAAUCUGGACACACAAGAAGACCAUGCAGCUUCUGAAUCCUGUGGACUGGAACUUUGGCAACAAGUCCACAGCUGUAAACGGCUCCAUCAAGGCUCAGUCGGGGGUUUCUGUCAAGCCCCACAACAGCUGAGGUGAAUCGAUGAGGUCAUUUCACAUCGGAAAAAUGCCACAUUUCUUUCUCUUUAUAAUUAAUACAUGAAAGAGCGAUGUGACUUUGAGAGUUGUGACAGUCGUAUUGUCCUUGUUUUGUAUGUUUUUAUACAACGGAACCGUAAGUGUUACAAGGGACAUAUGUUGUUUUCAAAAAAAAAAAAAAAGCCUUUAAAAGUUAACCAUGACAGUCUGGUACUAUAUUGAUCAAGUUUCGCACAAAGUAUUCAUUUUGAUAGAUUCAUUCAUUUUUUUUUUGGUGAAAGUUAAUAAAUUAUUUACCUAGUUAGCUCAGCCUUUCAAAGGUAGGUGUGGUAGUGUAGAGCAGUGGAAUGGGGGUCUUUCUUGUUUUCCAUUACCUUCAGGACACUGUUGUGACAGAGCCACCUUGCCAGUCACAUCAUAGCUGACCUAUUUUCACCAAGGUGAAAUACACAGCAAUUCUUGAAAAGCCAUUCAGAAGCAAACUCUUACAAAUUAUCUGUAUAUGCCAGUUUUCCUGAUACACACAUUUAAUUUCUAUGAGUUUGUAUCAAAUAAAAGGAAACAUGUAGUAGUUAAAUAACUUUGGAAAUCUUAGGUUUUCAUCCUUUAUGGCUUGAGGAGGUAUAACUCCAAAUAGAGUAAGUCUGUGUACAACCACAGCUUUUUUUCUAUUUGCAUUAAAUAUCCUCCAGAUUUUUCAGAUAAAAAAGCUUUGUAUGUGUUAGUAGCUUUUUUUUUACAAUAACAUCUUGACAUCGCACAAAUCAACACACAAUUCUCAUGAAUAAUUUGAUGUUGAUCAUACACGGCUCCAUUCCUGCUUUUACACCAGACACGGUUCUUCAGCACGGAUUGGGAAGCGUAUGCAGGUCAAGUAGUUUAGGUUGAAGAAAUUGGGUCCUUAAGGUCGAAUAUUAAAGCUAUUUCAUCAGGAAAGUGGACAAUUAGAUCAGUCUCUUCAAAAGGAGUCACAUUGGUUGUUUUUGACUGUGUAUCUUCUUUGAACAGAGAGGGAAGUAUUCACCGUUGUCAUGACAGGAAAGGCCCCGAAACAGAAUCUUCUUUGUUAGUGGACAAAGCUCAGGAUCGGUCCACUCUACAAAGGCUCUUUUGUUAAAAAUGGAGAUGUCAUGUUGCAAAAAUAAAGCUGCCUUGAUUCAAAAUAGCCAAGCAGCAUGUUGAUCAUGACUAUUGUUGGGUGUUAUGUUUCAAAUAAAGCUUUAGUUUUUGUUUUUCUUUUCUUUCAGUUUUAGAUACAUGAUGAUUUAUACAUCGGUCACAUUAAUUGUUUUGUUUGUUUUACACAAUAACCUCAUUGUACUGGAAAGCUUGAGAUUGUUUAUUUGGCUUGGCUGCUGUCAUGUAUCAGACACACAAUGUUUUUAUUGAGUUAUUACUCUGCUCUAAGUUCUCAAAUUUCUCAGUCUUUUGCUAUAACAGCAUUGCUAACGUAGCGGUAUGUCAUUAUGUUUAUAAGCUCUAGAAUUUUACCAUUAGUAUUAAGUUAGUUACAAUGUGCAUCUUUACAAUAUACUGCAACAUAAUUAGUUCAUCCUGAAGGUUGACUCAAAUGACCAAAUUAAGUAUUUAAAUUAGAUUACAGCAAUAAUUAGGGGACAGUUUUAGACAUUUAAAGUGUAAUUUAGUGUUUUGACUUUUUGAUUUUUAAUCAGAUGAGCUGAUUCACAUGUUUAACUUUGCUGAGUUAAAUCCAGAAACGGGAAGUUUUUUUUUUUUUAAUCAGCCACAGCCAGACAAUUGGAACCUGUGUCAUAACUCAAUGAAAACUGAAGAAAAGCAACACACUGUUUCGUUGAGUAAAUCACUGUAAUCGGUGCAUCAUGCAGCCUCAGUGACUAAGGCAACACAAAGAAGUUUUAAGACAUGUAUUUAUGACAUUUUAAGUUUUCUUCAUCUGUUUAUUCUUGAUUUAAUAUCAAGAGAGUCUUUAAAUGCUUACUGUACAUGUCACCUUACUUGUACAUUACUGCCAAAAUAACUUAACUAAAGAUAUUCUUGGGUUGUCACUUUGCCUCUUUUUCAUAUGACCAUAUCAGGUGGGUGGAGGAGGGGCUGAAAUGAUAGCUGUUGUUUAGAAAAGAUUAACAUUCUAUUUGUGUAUGGAAAUGAAUUAAUUUCAGUAAAUAAAAUGUGUUUUCUCUAAUA